CAAGGACCGCGCCGCGCCGCCGCAGUCGGGCCUCGGUCGCCCCGGUAACGUGCGUGGGGCAAUUUUCUCACCAUGAGCGUCCGGGUUGCGCGGGCUGCCUGGACCUGUGGCUGGCGCGCGGGAGGUCGCCGCAGCACCUCGAACUUCCCGCUGCCUCCGCCGGGCGCGGUGGACGUGGCGGAGCUGCUGCGAGAUGCGGCAGCGGCGGAGGAAGGGCCCCGGGUGGCGGCGGCGGCGCGGCGGUUGCCGGGCCAGUGCUCGGUGCUGCUCUUCCCGGGCCAGGGCAGCCAGGUAGUGGGCAUGGGCCGCGGUCUGCUCCACUACCCGCGCGUCCGCGAGCUCUAUGCCGCCGCCCGCCGCGUGCUGGGUUACGACCUGCUGGAGCUGAGCCUGCAUGGGCCUCAGGAGGACCUGGACCGCACCGUGCACUGCCAGCCCGCCAUCUUCGUGGCUUCGUUGGCUGCCGUGGAGAAACUGCAUCACCUGCAGCCCGCGGUUAUUGAGAACUGUGUUGCUGCUGCUGGAUUCAGUGUGGGAGAAUUUGCAGCCCUAGUGUUUGCUGGAGCCAUGGAAUUUUGUGAAGGCUUGUAUGCAGUGAAAAUCCGAGCGGAGGCCAUGCAGGAAGCCUCGGAAGCUGUCCCCAGCGGGAUGUUGUCCGUCCUUGGCCAGCCCCAGUCCAAGUUCACUGUCGCCUGUCGGGAAGCCCGGGAGCACUGCAAGACUUUGGGCAUAGAGAACCCCGUGUGCGAGGUGGCCAACUACCUCUUUCCCGACUGCAGGGUGAUCUCAGGACACCUGGAGGCUCUGCACUACCUCCGGAAGAAUUCCUACAAGUAUCACUUCAGACGCACCAAGAUGGUGCCCGUUAGCGGCGCCUUCCACACCCGCCUCAUGGAGCCAGCCCUGGAGCCCCUGGCACACGUUCUAAAAGACAUUGAUCUCAAGAAGCCUCUGGUUUCUGUCCAUUCCAACGUCACUGGGAAUAAAUACAUGCACCCCAAACACAUCCGGCAGCUGCUGGUCCAGCAGGUGGUCUCCCCAGUGAAGUGGGAGCAGACGAUGCACGCCAUAUACGAGAGGAGGAAAGGCACCGACUUCCCUAGGACUUUUGAAGUGGGACCGGGGAGGCAGCUGGGAACCAUCCUCAAGAGCUGCAACCUGCAGGCCUGGAAGUCCUACAGUCACGUGGCGGUGCUGGAGGCCGACCAGGACGAGGACCAGAACUUGUGACCUUGGGCCGGAGGGGACGUGGCUUAGGAGGCCAAGGGGGCUCCGGUGGGCCGAGCCCGGCCUGGCCUUCCUGUCAGGCCGCCUCCUUCCAGGGAUUGGGAGGGAGUGUUUAAAGUGCUUCGAAUGCUACAUAAAAAGCACUGGAAAUGA